UGUCGUUUGUCUGUGGGCAUAUUUUUGCUUCGACAGAGCUUGCAUUGGGACCGCGUAUCUGGUGUUGCCCAGACACAAUUACGAGGUCUUUUCUCACAACACAACAUAUCGGCGUGGCGUACUAACGUCUAAACAGUGAACAUGCUGAAUGUGUGUUCACGUCCAUAAUUUUGUAUUUUGCACGCUAUUCGGCCGUAGCCCGGUUGAGCUCUGUACCCGAGGCUUGGACUCACUCAGCUGUCUCUUUUGCUAUACACUUCACUGGUCUUUUGUGUAGUGUCGACGUGUUGGUGCCGCUCUUCGGUGACGACGCCACACAUGUUUGGGGUACCACGAGGUUUUACGUUGUGGAGCUUGUUCGACAAGCUAACUAGAGUGUUGGAGUUUGGGAGCAGUACAAAUUGCGGUUCUGCACUUCUGCAUUCGGGUUCACAAUUUUGGUUAUGAAAAAGAUGGAAGAAUCAUCAGCUGUAGGACCAUAUUUUCUAAAGGAAAGACGAAAUAAAAGUUAUAAUAUUGACAAAUUAAUUGAGGAGCAAAUGCCUGUCAAAAAGUUAACAAGUAAGGGCGCACGGAAAUCGCUGCCCCCCAAGCAAACAAAACAGGUCAUCCAUAAUCAAUACAAUCCCACACGCUAUGAACGCGAACGUGCCAUAAUGAAAAACAAACCGCGUAAGGUGCUCAAUUUGGAGGAGCGCGUACUGGCCAUACGUCUGUAUCAAGAGAAGCCGGUGUACCAACGUGUAGCGUCCGUAUUCAAAUGCAGUUGGGAGCAAAUACGUAACGUUAUCGCCAAUCGUGACGACAUAUUGCGCUACUAUGGCGAAUGCCAGACCGUUACACACAAGGAUAUGCCGGAAUUUGCGCGCAACAAGAAAAUCAACUUUCUCGGCAAUGUCACAUACGAAUUCGUACGACGCGCCCACUAUCACCGCAGCGUGACGCUAAACGAUGCCGUUCUGCGUCAGCGUGCGCUCAAGCUACGCGACAUCCUGCAAAUCGAACAGUUUCAUCCGAAUAAAGCAUGGUUGGCCGAUUUCAAGAAGGUAUACAAUGUGGAGUGGGACUAUUUGGACGCGCUGAUUAUAUGCGGUGUGCCGCCACGUUCGUUGGACAAUAAGGACCUAAUCGAAUACUGUACGCGUAUGGUGGCGAAAGCUAAGUCGCUGAUAGGUAAAUUGCCCAAGCCGCUGUCGAAGAAGGAGAGCUCUAAACUAUACGACGAGGAGGAUUCAGACGAUGAGUGGGCCAGCAGUGGUGGAGGUAAUGCUGAUGCUGAUGGUGGUGUCGCAUCCGAUACGAUGUCUGAGCUGAACGAUGAUGUGCCUGUGGUGAAUGAAAUUGACGACUUUACCGGCAUGUAUUUAGAACCGGCUGAUAACGAUGAAGAGGAUUUCAAUGGAUUUGCAACAGCCGGCGCCAACAACAUUUACGGCACUGAAGAAAGUGAGACGUUCAAUUUUCCACGUACUACCACAGCAAGCAACAACACUGCGUCACAAGCACACAUAGCGACGGAACCACCAUUGAUGUCUGAAGUGCAGAUUAAGCUAGAGCGACGCAGUCGCAGUCGUAGCAGAAGUCCACCAUUGCUGUCACCUUUGACCGUGACAAGUGGUACAAGCACGAACGCCACGUUGGUAGGUGGUGGUGGUGGUGGGAAACGUAUGCACUCAGCGACAACAACAGCAAAACCAGCAGACGCUGUCGCGUCAAAUAGUAAGCGCUUUAAGAGUGAUACAGUGGCCACAUAUACGGAGGCUUUACGCAAUUUGUGCCCUUUAGAGGAUUUUGCGACGCAAGAAGAAGAUUUUGAGGCAAUAAAUUUACUUAUACAAUUAGCGCGGGUCUUCGAGAAGGGCGCGAAACGCAGUACUGCACAAAAGCGUGUGUUUAGUGCAUAAUUAAAGUGUUUGAAAUAAUACAUUUAAGAAUUAAAGUACACUUACGCAUAAGAGAGUAUGUAAAUAUGUAGAUUGAAGCUCUCUCUCUAGAUAUACUAGGCAUUAAGUAAUAAUAGUUUAUUAUACAAAUAAUAUUAAACUGCAUAUGCCCUUCAAUGAAUUUAAUGAAUAUAUGUACAAUAUAUAACUGUAUACAGUUAAGCGUUGUAGAAAAC